AUGAUCAGGGAGUGGCUCCGUCGCUCCGCCAAGAGACAUGUCAUGAACACCGCGGAAGGCAGAAACUACGCUGUUUCAUGCCCACUCAAAUACUGUUCGAGCCCCGAGACAUGCCAUUCUGCUCUGUCUCAAGCCUGUAGCGCCAAGCACGCUGCCGCCGGCUUGGUGCGAAGGCCCAUGGCAAUUAACGCGAUCAGCGGCCCGCUGUCCAACGGUCAAGAUCAAGGCACCAAGCGGAAGGAGCCGGAUGUGGCUGAAGAAGCCCCGGAAGAAGCUCCUGGCUACGGCGAUGGCGUAGAGUACUGGAAUAAACGGUACCGGGGCGAUCCGAACCCCUUCGAGUGGUUGGAAAGCUUCGCAGAGCUCGAGAGCCUGAUCAAAGAGGCCACAUCAGGCAGGACUGAUGCAGCUGUGCUGCACGUGGGCUGUGGAAACUCCUUGCUGCCCGAAGCAAUGUAUGACCACGGCUACAAAGAUGUCACCAACAUCGAUAUCGCGGAGGUAUGCAUUCAGCAGAUGGCGGAGAGGAAUCGGACUCUGCGCCCCGAGCUGAAGUGGUUCGAGAUGGAUGCCACUGAAAUGGGGCUGAUAGAAAGCAGCUUCGAUGCGGUCAUCGACAAAAGCGUCCUUGACACGUUUGCUUGUGGUGACAAUGCAUCUACCGUGAUCAACAAGUACCUGCUGGAGGUGCAGAGAGUGCUGAGACCGCGGGGAACGUUUCUUUGUGUCAGCUAUGGCGUCCCAAACACCAGGCUGGACUACUUCAAGGGCAAGGGCUUGAACUUUGCCAUCAAGCAGGUGCCAAUCCCUGUGAAGCUUCCAGGUGGCAGCGUCCACUAUGCCUACUUGCUUCGAAAGGGGAUCACGGCAAGGUCGUGA